AUGACACCCAUCCCCCUUCAAGAAGAGUCAGACUCAGACUCAGAGAUCGAGUUUGAAGACGUCCCAAUCACCCACCAAACCAGAACCCAAAAUAGCGAAAGAACCAGGAACGGAGAUAUCUCUAUAGAAUUACCACCCGUCCCAGCCCAGCCAUGGAAUCCCCCAUUGUAUCUUCCUCCACAGCGAACUACGCCCAUCCUCUCCGGCUCGGAGGAAGAAACCCAGCUCCGAGGCCGUCUCAGCACAGGAAUCGAAAAAGUCACCUACCGCAAAAUGAAAUCUGACAUGGGCAUGGAUGCACCGGAUACCCCAAUCCAUUCACGCCGAUAUGACGGAUUUAAAGACCUCGUCGUUGACGUGGAUAAUUUGGUUGACAUGAUUUGGGCCUCGGCGACUCCCUCAAUCCAAACAGAAACGCUCAUCACGCUAGCAGGCAUCGUGCAAACCUCCUUAAAAAGCUUCCCCUUCGACCCGCAACCAACCCUAACCAUCCUACACAAACUGGACUCGAUCUUCGCGGCUUUAUGCACAGGCACGCAUCCACUAACGGGUGCCGCUCUUCCGGGUGCUCGGAUUGGUCAGUCGCUGGCGACCGAGACGCAGAAGGUCCGCAUUCGGAGUUUGGCGGAGAUGACCCGGUAUGAGGUUUUUUCUGUGCUCGGGUCUAGUAGGGGGAAUGGAGAUUAUGAUGAUGAAGAGGAAGAGGAUGGGGAUGUGGAGGAACCGUGGAUGCUGGAGGCUACGAGGGUUUAUGAGGACAGUUUGAUGUUGCUUGCGGAGCAGGAUCCUGGUGUGGCUGAGGAGAGGGAU